AGAUGCAGGACCAACCGGGACAUCCAACCCUGUGGCAGUACCCACGCUAGCGGAAGCCGACGGAGAAAUAAUAGGAACAAUCGGGACAUCCAACCCAGUGACCACGCCAACACUAGCAAGCGAAAAAAUAACAGAUGUCGCAACAACUGGGACAUCCAACCCUAUGGUAGUAGUCACCCUAGCGCAAGCCGGUGGAGAAAUAAUAGAUGCAGGAACAAUUGGGUCAUCCAACCGAGUGACCACGCGAACGCAAGCAGGCGAAGAAAUAAUAGAUGCAGGACCAACCGGGACAUCCAACCCUGUGGCGGCAACCACGCUAGCGGAAGCCGGCGGAGAAAUAAUAGAUGCAGGAACAAUUGGGUCAUCCAACCGAGUGACCACGCCAACGCAAGCAGGCCAAGAAAUAAUAGAUACUGGAACAGCUGGGACUUACAGCAACUCGAGCGAACAUGUGGUGAUCUCCAUGGCACGUCCGCCAUUCCGUGCGGUGAACCAAGACCUGUUCACACCCUUGAGCGUGUCGAUCGGCCCUUAUCAUCGUGCUACUUGUUCAGAAAGAUGGAAGCAAGAGAAGCAGCGCGUGGCCAAAGCGACCCUAAAGUCUCUCGAGCAUCAGCUCAGGCAGCAGCUUUGGAAGCUUGUGGGGGAUGUGAAGGCGCUCUACGUGGGUUUGCCCAACAUGGAAUUGGAUGAUUUCGUCACUAUGCUGCUGGAGGAUGGGUGCUACGUGCUCACUACAUUUGUAAAAUACCAUGAAGAUCCGGUUGUCAUUCCGCCCAGAGGUGAGCGGAACACGGUGGUGCGCGAUAUCAUGUACCUCCUUGAGAACCAGUUGCCUAUGAUAGUCCUUGAAGAGAUCCAUCGGUGCCUGACGCCUGGGAGGUCCGUCGUGGAGGACGUUGAAGAGCGUGUUCUGGAGCUGCUGAAGGAACAGCUCUACAUCAGAGGAGAAAAAAGGCCGCUGACCGUGCCGGCGGCGCCUUGUCACCUCCUACAACUGGUGCACAGGUACUUCCAGCCAUCCAUUUCCGUAAAUUCUGGUGAACAAUCGGAACCUCCUCAGUUGGAGAGAAGAAGUGCAACUGGAAGCGACGUUCAGGAGGGAACUCAAGACAGGGAUAAUACGCGCCGUCGCGUGGGUCGGUGGCAGCAGGUGCAGGCGGCAGCUUGUCAGCUCCUGCAACUGGUGCGCACCUAUUUCCAGCCAUCCAUUUCCGUAAAUUCUGGUGAACAAUCGGAACCUCCUCAGUUGGAGAGAAGAAGUGCAACUGGAAGCGACGUUCAGGAGGGAACUCAAGACAGGGAUAAUACGCGCCGUCGCGUGGGUCGGUGGCAGCAGGUGCAGGCGGCAGCUUGUCAGCUCCUGCAACUGGUGCGCACCUAUUUCCAGCCAUCCAUUUCCGUAAAUUCUGGUGAACAAUCGGAACCUCCUCAGUUGGAGAGAAGAAGUGCAACUGGAAGCGACGUUCAGGAGGGAACUCAAGACAGGGAGGAUAAUACGCGCCGUCGCGUGGGUCGGUGGCGCCGGGCGACGGAGUACAGCAGGUACGGCAACGUGCAGCUCAAGCCUCGGGAGUUCAAGGAUGGUGUGGAAUCCAUUCUUGACGUGCGUCUUGAAGGAAGCACGCUGUGGAUCCCUCACCUGCGGAUUGAUAGCAGCACUUGGACGAUCCUACGCAAUCUGAUGGCGUUAGAGGAGCAGACAGGCACAGGAGGGAGCCCCGUCACGGCCUACUGCCUGUUCAUGUCGCAGCUGGCGUCUAAGGUGGAGGACAUUGAGCUCCUGAAGCGCAAAGAGAUCGUCGACCACUCGUGGGGCAACGACGAGGAGGUAGCACAAGGCUUCGCCGACCUCUGGAAGAAAGUGGUCUUGGACGACGUCGACAAUGUCGACAGUAACUACCUACGCGACACAUGGUACCUGCUGCAUGACCGUUGCGAGAGCGUGGGGCACAACUGCUGGGGAUCAUUCCGCCACAUCUACUGCGGCGAAUCCAUGCGCUUCCUUGCAUUCGUCACCGCAGGCUUACUGUUUGCUUUUCAGCUCAUUCAAGUCAUCCUUGCCGGUUUCUCCUUGCGACAACAACAAGGCAAGUAAGCAGCCGCGCCAGCAUAAUGCUAGCUACUAUAAUAAGGGUAAUUUGCACUGCCAGGUUUUUUUGUCCCUAGACUAGAUCAGUCUAAGUGCGGAUCUCAGUGGGUUUUUCCUGGCGCUUUUAGGAUUUGCUUUUUUCGUUUGAAUGUUCAGACUGGAUUGCGAUGGCCUGUCGUUUCCCUGUUUUCGAUCAGUUGUAAGCAUAA